ACCAUGGGGUAUACGUGUAUAGCAUUGGUUGCACUGCUCAUGGUAUUGGCGUCACCACCACCGGCGGUUCUAGCCAACGACGUGACGCCGAUUCCGGAGAACAAAGGCCAAGUGAACCCGUGGUUCAAUGCCCAGGUUCAGCCAUUCUCUCGCCGGAAAGCCACGUUGGACCCUGCCCUCGCCGCCGCUGAAUCUUCGCCACGUGUCAUUAGGGUAAAUAAGAACGGAGGAGGCGACUUCAACACGUUGACUGCAGCUAUAAACAGCAUUCCCUCGGGGAACGCAAGACGCGUGAUCAUCAAAUUGGGUCCUGGAGAAUACAGAGAGAAGGUCACAAUCGGUAGGACCAAACCCUUUGUUACAUUGUACGGACAGCCAAAUGCCAUGCCGGUUUUGACAUUCAACGGGAAAGCCACACAGUACGGCACUUUCAACAGUGCCACGCUUAUCGUACUGUCCGAUUACUUCACGGCCGUCAAUAUCAUCGUAAAGAACACUGCUCCAAAGCCGGAUCCGAGGAGAGACGACGGACAAGCAUUGGCAAUGAGGAUAUCAGGAAACAAAGCAGCUUUCUACAACUGCAAAUUCUACGGAUUUCAGGACACGUUGUGUGACGACACGGGCAACCACUUCUUCAAAGAUUGUUACGUGGAAGGAACCUUCGAUUUUAUCUUCGGAAACGGAACUUCCUUAUACAUUGGUACUCUAAUACACGCGGUCGGAAACGGAAUCAGAGUGAUAUCAGCACAAGGGGCCCAGAGCGCGAAGGAUCCGAGCGGGUACUCGUUCGUACACUGCAAGGUGACAGGGGAAGGAGAAGGCAUCUACUUGGGCCGAGCGUGGAGGACUCAUCCGAAAGUUAUAUACGCAUAUACCGAGAUGACCAGUGUCGUUAACCCGGCCGGUUGGCAAAACAAUACCGAGAAAGCUCGUCAAAAGACGGUGUUCUACGGAGAAUACAAAUGUUUCGGACCAGGGUCUCACCAAGAGAAGCGCGUGCCGUUCACGCAAGACAUCGACGCCCAAGAAGCUGCUCACUUCCUGUCUCUCGGUUACAUCCAGGGCUCUAAGUGGCUGCUUCCUCCUCCGGCCCUCUAAAAACAUUACACGCCAUAUAUGCUGAGCUAUAUUUCAAUCUCAAUAUUUUUUUUAUUAUUUAUUAA